AUGUCUCAUUUCAUAUCCCCAGAGUCUCUUAAGGUUGCCACAGUCACCGAGAGAUCUUGCGAUUCCAGCCCUAGCCUUUCAUCAAGAGAUGAAAAGGACCUCGCGACACCGUCUUCCUCCUCCUCUAUCAACCUCGAAAGCCAAAUCCCAAAGUCAACAACUUACCAUGUCUUCACUCGAUCCCGCAAAUUGCAAAUGGUCUGCAUUGUCUCGCUUGCAGCCAUCUUUUCUCCACUAUCCUCCAACAUCUACUUCCCCGCCUUGGGUAUUAUCUCCAAGGACCUGGGCGUCUCCAUGUCACUUACCACAUUAACCGUCACAAUAUACAUGAUUGUCCAAGGGCUCGCUCCUAGUUUCUGGGGCUCUUUCUCUGACAUCAUCGGCCGUCGUGGUAUUUUCAUCGGUACUUUUAUUGUCUAUAUGAUUGCCAACAUUGCGCUGGCCGUGUCCACAAACUAUGGCGAGCUUAUGGCUUUCCGUGCGCUACAAGCUGCAGGCAGCUCGGCAACUAUCUCGAUCGGUGCCGGCGUGAUUGGUGACAUCACCACAUCAGCUGAACGAGGAAGUUUAGUUGGAAUCUUUGGCGGAGUACGCAUGCUUGGCCAAGGUGUUGGCCCCGUGUUUGGUGGAAUCUUGUCUCAGUACCUGGGCUAUAGAUCCAUUUUCUGGUUCCUGACCAUCAUGUCCGGAAUCAGUCUUCUAUCUAUUCUGGUCUUCCUCCCCGAAACCCUCCGUACCGUCGCUGGCAACGGUACUGUCCCAUUGCAUGGACUUUACAAGCCGUGGAUUUACUGCAUCACCGGCCAAAAAGAGGCCAAAGAGGACUCUGUUCCCACUCUUGAGAAGAAAAAGGUGACUUGGAAGACCGUCAUCGCCCCUCUUGGCUUCCUCGCCGAGAAGGAUGUCUUUAUCACCUUGUUCUUCGGUGCUAUCGUGUACACUGUCUGGUCGAUGGUGACUUCGUCCACAUCCGACCUCUUCGAGUCCCGAUACGGACUCAACUCCCUAGAAGUUGGCCUGACCUUCCUGGGAAACGGCUUCGGCUGCAUGUCCGGAUCCUACUCCAUCGGUUACCUGAUGGACUUCAAUCACAAACGCACAGAGCACGAAUACUGCAUGCAAAACAACCUCCCGCUUGAAACCCGCAUCAACUCCAAAUCUCACCCCAAUUUCCCCAUCGAGUACGCCCGUAUGCGCAACACCUGGUGGAUCACAGCCGUGUUCAUCGUGUGCACCGCAGUCUAUGGUUUCUCCUUAGACACCCACCUUGCCGUCCCUGUCAUCCUCCAAUAUGUCAUCGCCUAUUGCGCCACCGCCAUCUUCACAAUCAAUAGCGCGUUGGUCAUCGACUUGUACCCGGGUGCCAGUGCCAGUGCGACCGCAGUCAACAACCUGAUGCGCUGCGAAGUCGGAGCCGCCGGUGUCGCGGCCGUCCAGCCCAUUAUCGACGCCAUCACAGCCGAGUAUACAUUCCUCCUCCUCGCCGGCAUCACUCUUGCAAUGGUUCCUCUUCUCAUGGCCGAGAUGCGCUGGGGUGCCGGAUGGCGCAUGGAGCGAACAGAGCGUCUCAAACGGAAAGAGCAAUCGCAGUCUGCGUAA